GUACGCUUGUUGGCCAUCAUACAUCUGUGUAGACAAUACUUGCUCUAUACUAGUAGUUAAAUAUGUCCAAACAACCAUUCGACCCAAUCGAUGUAUUCAACGAGGCCAAAUGGUCGCUAUUGGAAGGCUUUGCUCAUGUCACUCGAAUAUAUAGAGAAACCGCUUCAAUGCUGACUCAAGAAGGAUCUUCCAGUCAUAGUCCAUCAUCUCGACACAGGACAGAAGGACAGCAGAAAGGACAGUCUCAUUUGACAUAUUCGUUUGAGCCCAGUCGAAUCGAGCUAGCCCACUGGGCACAUCAGCUGCAUACAUCUAGGACAGAGCAAGCAUCGGCUCUUCCAAACGACUCAUUCUCUCUACUGGAUGACUUUGACCUUUUGACUCAUUCGGAUGUCCGAAGCGGCGAAUGUGUGUCUGUCUCAUCUGAAGGGCUUAGUCGUCGAGGAUCCAUGACACCUCUAGGCUAUUCUUCUGGCUUGAGGGAUGUGGUUUGGGAUGAGACUCACGAGGCUGACACAAACAUUGGAACAUUUGAGAUACUGAGUACCGAUUUUGCUCCACCACCAAAAAUAACUGUUCGGAAUGCGCCUGUAUCCUCUCAAGUCUGGAACGAAUGGUUUAACAGUCCAAGUAACGGAGCGACUUUUAGUUCAGCUACACCAAGCCUUUUAAAAAAUACUACCCAACACAGAGUAUCUCCAUUGAUUGUCCGCGAUGCCAUUUUUCGCGGCGGACUGGAUGAGUCGGUUAGAUGUGAAGCAUGGAAGUUUUUAUAUGGUCUUUUUUCCUGGGAUUUCACUCUUGAGCAGCGCGAGUCAGUCCUGAAAGCAAAACGGAGUCAAUAUGACAAUUUAAAACAUGCAUGGAAGGAUUUACUUAAACGACCAGAUGAAUCGCUUAGUGCUGCUGAAAAAAUAACCAAAAAUGAGUUUUUGGAAAAUAUCAUCAAGAUCGAAAAAGAUGUUGUUAGAACCGAUCGUCAGCUUUCGUUUUACGAAUCUAUAGAAACAAGCAAUGUCGGAAACUUGAAAAAACUGACAAAUCUAUUAAUCACAUACACCACUGUGCCUGAAAAUGACGGUCUUGGAUUUGUCCAGGGAAUGGCAGAUUUGGCAUCACCAUUUCUUGUUGUCAUGCAAGGAGAAGAAGCAGAUGCAUUUUGGUGUUUUGUGUCCCUGAUGGAAAGCAAGAAAAACAAUUUUCGAGUUGAUGGAACGGGUAUGCGUUCCAACCUCGAUACCAUGGAAAAGUUGAUCAGAGUGAUUGAUCCAGGUCUUCAUGCACAUUUCAAAAGCAUCGACGCUUUGAAUCUUUUUUGCUGCUUUCGAUGGUUUUUAGUUUUUUUCAAGCGUGAAUUCAAGUUUGAAGAUGUACUUGUUUUGUGGGAAGUGGCAGCAUCAAAUCGAUUUACAUACAACGACAUGCAUUUUUUCAUAGCAAUGGCGAUUUUGGAUGAACAUCGAGAUGUUAUUGUCAGACAUUUAAUGACAUUUGAUGAGGUUAUCAAGUAUGUGAAUGAUUUGUCAUUGCAAAUGCGGCUUCACAAGAUUCUUAUUCGAACUGCACAGUUGAUUCAAAGAUUCAUAGGACUUGCUCAGUCUCGUGGCUGUUUGCUUGACAGUGAUACUGAACCUAUUGAAGAUACUUGCAAUAAUGACCCUCGACCUUUGCAGGUUCCAAUUCAAAUCAUUUUGGAUCGCCUGAUUCGAAAAUCGUAGUUUUUCUACUUUUUAUUUAUCUCAUUCAUGUAUUUGAUUUGAUAUCUAUGCUACUUGUUCAAUCUUUUAUUGUUGUUUGUGUCUAGUUAGCAAGUUGGCGCAGUUUUAUGUUUCACUAAAAUUACAGGCGUAACAAUCAUGACAUUAGGCUCUAUCGAAGUUGGUGCAUUAGAGCUGUAACAUGUUUUAUAAAUGCCUAUUUAAUAUACAGCGUUCAAUUUGAUGGAGUGCCCAUCAGUUUAAUAACAUAAAAAUAAAUGAUACCCAUGGAAAGUACUAUUUG